CUCGACGAAAAACAUCCGCGAAGAAGUGAAAUACUAAAUAAGUCCUUUGCUGAUAUCAUCGUUUGGUUGGCUGGUUGGCUGUGUAUAAUGACAAAAUUGAUACUUAUUAAAUGGAUUGCUAUCCAAGAGGAACAUUGGAGAUCGAGAGAGUGCAAAGGCUGCAUCAUUUAAAGGACAAUUGUGGAAACAUUCAGAACAUGAAAAAAAUGUAUUGCUUGGUUCUGAUAUUGUACUUAGUGAGUCGGACCGUUCUAGCAGUAAAAAACUGCAAGAUAUCCAGUGAGGGUAUGGAUUAUCGUGGAAACAUUUCAACGACAGUUUCCGGAAAAUCAUGCCAGAGGUGGGACAGUCAGACUCCAAAUUCUCAUGAUUACGCUGACACAUUACCGGGAAACGCCAGCUAUCACGAGAAUUAUUGUAGAAACCCUUGGGCUGGUGAAGUUGCAGGCCCCUGGUGCUACACAAUGGACAAUGACACGAGAUGGGAGCUGUGUGAUAUUCCAUACUGCGCACGUGAUUGCAAAAAAACCAAAGAAGGCUUGGAAUACAGCGGAAACAUAUCAAUCACUAAUUCUGGUAAGAUUUGUCAAAGGUGGGACAGGCAAAGUCCUUGGACACACAAGUACAACACCAUUUUGAAGGGGAACGUGAGCAUGCACGAGAAUUACUGCAGAAACCCAAAGGUUGGAGAAGCCGAUGGUCCAUGGUGUUAUACAACGGAUGCAAAGAAACGAUGGGAGUUGUGUGAUAUUCCAUUUUGUGAUAAGGCGGAAUGUUUGCAUAGCGUCAUGGGGCUAGAAUAUUUUGGUACCGAGGCGAAAACUGAAGACGGCAUAGAUUGUCAACGCUGGGACAAGCAGGAACCACAUACUCAUAUGUUUUCUUCUGGAUUCAUGGGGUUUGUUUCAUCAGAGCACGAGAAUUACUGCAGAAAUCCUGAUUAUGACGAAAAGCCGUGGUGCUAUACUGUGAAUGCCACCGUCCGUUAUCAGUACUGCGAUAUUCAGCAAUGUGAUUAUAAAGACUGUAGAGAUACGGAGAAAGGUAUGAAAUAUCGAGGGAAAAUAAACGUGACCAAGGAUGGAACACCGUGUCAGCACUGGGACAGUACAUACCCCCACUUACCCAACGAACGAGUAAGAUCUCUUGGAUCAACUCUCUUUAAAGAGAAGAACUACUGUAGAAAUCCUGACGACGAACCAUUUCCCUGGUGCUACACUAUGGAUAUUAAUAUUCGUUGGCAGUUUUGUGACAUUCCAUUCUGCGUUAAUUCAUCAUUCCAGUGCGACUUUUCGCAAGGAAUAUGUGAUCUAGAACAACUGAAUGAUACAGAGGCGAGCUGGGUAGUGAACAAGUCUGCUGAUGACGAAUCAUUAGCUCUCCGCCUCUUGGUAAAUCGACAUACCUCGCAAUCACUGUUACCUUCUCUGAGAUCACAUCUCUUGCGUUCCGUAGACACCGGAAGUUGUUUACAACUGGAAUAUCGCAGUGUGGGUAUUCAGCUGAAGAUAGGUAUUACAUCACAUACAUUGACAGAGCUGCCAGAGAGUCGUGAGUGGAAAACUGCAAAAAUUAAUAUACGACCUCAACUACAAAACUACAAGGUGUAUUUUUCACCUUAUACGACUGAAUCGUCCACGGAGUUGGCAAUAAGAUACAUCGCUGUUUUAAAUGGACCUUGUGAAGAUUGUUUUGCCUGUCUCAGUGAUGGAUUAUGUAUUGAAUACUCGGGCUUUUGUAACAUGAAUGUGGAUUGUGCCGAUUACAGUGAUGAGAAAUACUGCGCCCUGGAGUGUUACCAUGAAAAUGUGUAUCAAGGAUUUCGAGAAGAAACGAAGUUUUUUCACAAAUGCAGAGAAAGUACCUGUAGAUUUGAUAAACAAAGUAAAGAAAAACCGGGUUGUUUCGUGAACUCUGAAGAUGAAUGGGUCAUCUGUAGUAUACCGGAAUGUGAAAAAGGAAAUUUGGAUUGCGAUUUUCAACACGAUAUGUGCAACUGGAAACAGAUGCUGCCUGGGAUCAAAUGGAAUCGUCAGAUAGCAGAACAUAUUGGUGAGAUGGUUACCACAGCUGAAUGGAAAACGUUUCUGAAUGACAGUGUGGAGGAGAGAGCGGUUUUAUACAGCACAUCACAACCCUCCUCAUCCGAUUUUGGUUGUGUAACAAUGACAUAUUCUGGAGAAAAUGUCAAUUUAAACGUAUUCGUAUCACAAGGUACCAUACUGACAAAUGAUGUGUCAGUUUUUCAGCGACAGAAUAUUGAUACUAAAAUGUUUGCCACCACAAGUUUCCAGACGCCCAUUGCUGUCCCUUAUAUGGUAAUAGUAAUGGCAACUAUCCAGGACAGUGCUGCCCGCACUGGCAAUAUACAAAUUGGAAAAUUAAGUUACUUGCAGGGACUUUGUAAAGAUAAAGAUGCUUGUCAGAAAUCCCAAUUUCAAUGCGAUGAUGGGAGUUGUGUGGGUGUUGACCAGUUUUGCAAUGAAAAACGCAAUUGUCCAAAUGGAGAGGAUGAAUCCCUGUGCAAAUAUAAUAACUCCGUGUGUUUGAGGACGGAAAGCGACUGCAUCCUCCCCUGUCCAUCCUACUGUGAAUGUCAAGGAUUAGUCUUCAAAUGCAAAUCACCAGAUAACGUCACAAAAGAGGCCAGAGCACUUGAUUUCAGCUCAAACAAAUUUGACAACACUCAGCUAAAGAAUUUUACCUUUCUCAUACAUUUAAAUAUUUCCAGGUGCUCGAAAGACGAUUUCUCGCUUAAAGAUUUAGGAGAUCAACUUCAAUCUCCGAGUCUUCAAAAUUUAGAUCUAUCAUUUAACAACAUUCGCCAUUUGGAACCGGGUACCUUCAAAGGGUUAUCAAAUUUAUUGUAUCUGAAUAUAUCAUAUAAUCAAGUUAACCGAUUUGAAAUGGAUUUCCUUAACGUCAUUCCAAAAUUACGACGGUUGAUUAUGAAAGAUAAUAAUAUAAAAUUAAUACCCGCGAAAGAAAUCUACAGUGAUUUCAAUUCUAGCCUUGAGUUCAUAGAUCUAAGAAACAACAAAAUAAGGAGAAUCAUGCCGAAAUCGUUAUAUUGGCUCGGUUCUAUUUCAAAAUUGGAUUUGAGCAACAACUCUAUAACGAAUACGGACAACUAUUUUUCAAGCUCAAUGAAGAUGCUCUUUGAACUUGAUCUUAGUUUUAAUUCUAUAACUGUAAUAACAAACGAAAUGUUUAAUGGUUUACAGAGGCUACGAGAGCUGAACCUACAAAGCAAUCAUAUAGAGAUUCUACAAGCAUUCUCAUUUUCUACGUUGACCUCAUUACGUACUUUGAACCUUGGAUAUAAUAAAAUUCACACUAUUGACAGAAAGGCUAUGGAAAACAUGGUUUCACUUACCAAACUGAACCUCACAGGAAACAGAUUAAUGACUUUAUCUUCCUCAAGAUUUAUAGCCUUAGUAAAACUCCAUAUUUUAGAUUUAUCAAAUAAUGGAAUGAGUAUACUGGAGGACAAUGCUUUUCAAAGACUUGAAGAAGUGAAGUCUUUGUACAUACACAAUAAUCAAUUGAGUGUAUCGAAAACUAUGUUUCAAGGUCUUUGUAACCUUCAUUGGCUACGAACAGACUCUUAUAUAAUUUGCUGUGCAAAGCCAUUGUCAGUUGACACAUCAAACUGUAUCUCCCCACGAGACCGAAUUUCCUCAUGUGAGCAAUUGAUAAAUGUGGGAUUUCUGGCACAAAUGAUAUGGUACAUGGCUUUUUUCUCGCUGAUUGGAAAUACUUAUGUAAUUUACUACCGCAUAAAGGAGACACUCGGAAGAAAUAACAAAUUACAGGGCGUUUUUAUUCUAAAUCUUAGUUUUUCCGACUUGCUAAUGGGUGUUUAUUUAUACAUCAUUGCAGUCGCAGACUUGGAGUACCGUAAUAUUUACGGAUUUAAAGAUAGCGAAUGGAGGUCCAGCAUUGCCUGUACAAUUGCUGGGUUACUAGCAACUAUAUCCAGUGAGGCAUCGGUGCUUUUCGUAUUUCUCAUAACAGUUGAACGAUAUCUAGCAUUAAAAUACCCAUUUUCUGAAGGAUUUCUCAAAAAGAGGAAAGGGAUUUACGGUAUUACUAUAAUUGUGUGGAUUAUCACUUUCAUAUUUGCAGUGUUUCCUCUAUCUGUCUACCCUGACUUUUACAGCAGAUCUACUGUAUGUAUAUCUCUCCCUUUGACAGCAGAGAGGGUACAAGGUUGGGAAUAUUCCACUUUUGUUUUCAUUGGAUUUAAUUUGCUGAUUUUUAUAGCCGUGGUUGUGGGGCAGAUACUGAUUUAUGUGAAAGUGAAGCGCAUUGGUAGUGCCAUACAUAAGGAUAACACGAAGAGGGAGAUUGCUGUGAUGAAAUCUCUUUCUUAUGUCGUCUUAUCGGAUACAUUUUGCUGGAUCCCAAUUAUAUUGAUUGGAAUUAUGGUGUAUGCAGGCUUGGAUAUCUCAUUCAAUGUUUAUGCAUGGGUUGUCGUCUUAGUGCUUCCGAUAAACUCCGCAUUGAAUCCAUUCAUAUACACAUUCAGCAUGAUCUACAGAAAGAAUCUGCAAGCACGAAACAGUCAAAUGGUAAUGUCGAAUAAAGAGAGGAUUGGACACUCCAGUAUCAAGUCCACAGUCAUAUAACUAUUUCUGUCUCUUGGAAGAGACAUUACCUCAUACUUUUGUCACAGUUACUGGCAUAAUGAGAUAUUUAAACUUCGCUAAACCCAAACAAGGAUAGCAGCAUCCUUUGAAAUAAAGAAAACUGAUGGUCUGUUUAUGGCAGAUUAGAGACCAUAAUUUUCAAUGGGAAAAACGAUUAUGGCCCUUUAAUGAGCAAUGACUCGUGUGUACGAAAACAUUUUGCAACGCUCUUCAGUUUAUGCCAAACAUUCCAUGAAUACGCCAGUUUUGAGAAAAGAGCUCUUCUGUGUAGAGGUGGAUUUAGUGGUAUUUUGAAUGUCCAAGUGGAACAAAAUGGGCCUACAGUCAGUGAGGAAGACGAUAAAAUGUAUUAAAACUGUUUCUGUUUAGAUAUGUAAAUGUAAAUAAAUAUAACAUAUUAUCGAAAGAAAUGUUUUACUAAAGUGAAAACAUAAAACCAAUGUCAUAUUUUGUCAGUAAUGUUUCCUUGAUAUGAUAUGUAUAAACAAUGAAAUAAGUUCAAAUAACGUGAUAUAAUAAAAAUUUAUUUAAUU